AUGCGGAAGGUAUCGCAUGGCCUCAAUGAAGGCUAUCCUUCGGGCCUUUCUUGCCUUUGAUCCCACUCUCUCUUGAACAGGCGGUUCACUCUAAUCAUAAGACUGCAAUUCGGAUCAUGGCCGAAGUUCCGGUCAAGAGCAGUCUUCCAAGAAAGAGCGCUUUCUCCUGCGAGGCUUGUCGCAAACGCAAGGUGAAAUGUAACGGAGCGAGUCCUUCCUGUUCGCGAUGCGCUGCUCGCGGAGAAGUCUGCGUUUACAGCUUAGCUCCAACCUUAUCGUAUACCAAGACGCUGGAGGCGCGGGUCGCUCAGCUCGAAGAUGCGCUCGCGAAACUACAAGGUCCGCAGUCUCAGUACGGCGAGAAAGCCAAGGAUAGCCCUCAAGGCUCGACAGGAGAAUACUGCAGUAGUCCCGGUCAGCAAUCCGAGCACGACGAGCGCGGGAGUCAACAGGAUCUGUCAGGAGACUUUGAAGGGCUGAAAGUUGAGGAUGAUGGCCGGAUAUCCUUCCAUGGUCCAACAAGUCUUUUCCAAUUGCCCAGCGGUGUGGUCAACGAAACCUCAGCGACUACUCACCUUGCACUCGAGUUGGAAGCGCGGAAAGAAAGAUUAAUUAAUAAUGCCUGGCGUGAACGAGCAUUUGAGCAGCUGGCUGCGAUUCCGGAACCAUUCCAAUAUCUUCUCGAUUCCCACUGGUGCUGGAUUCAGCCUCUUUUCAAUUUCGUCUAUCGACCCGCCUUCACCCGUGACAUGAAGAUUAAUGGCCCCUACUACUCCGAUAUACUAUUGAACGCCAUACUGUCCCAUUCCGUACGAUGGUGCAAACUGGAACCCAAGAUCGGUCCGCUAUUAGCAGCCUUCGACGGAGGAGCUGAGUUCUUUCAUCGUUCCGUCACCGGUCUUUAUGACACUCUGAAAUCGGGCUAUGUGAAGAUACCUACUAUCCAGACCCUCUUGCUUCUGAGCGCACAAGAAUGCGGCCGAGGCAACAGAACACAGGCAUGGCUGUAUAGCGGCAUGGCGUUUAGACUGGUCGACGACUUGGGAAUCUCGAUAGACAGCCAAAAGUAUUCAGGCUCAGCUCAUUUCAGUGACGAGGAUAUCGAGAUCCGGAACCGGCUUUUCUGGAGUUGCUAUUUCUGGGAUAAGCUUGUCUCAUUAUACUUUGGACGGUCCCCAGUGAUGCAAUACUCGCGUGUCAGCCCACCCAGAAUGAUAUUGGACGAUACGUCUGAGAUUGAAGUAUGGACUCCGCACGGAGUUGUCUUCCCUGAAGGAAUGCAGUACCCGCCAGCACAAGCUCACUCAACCUCAUGCUUUAUGAGGAUGUGUGGACUCGCUGAAAUCCUGAAUCAAAUAAUAAUACAUAUUUAUGACCCUGUCCGAAAGAGUACAGAAACUGAAUUCUAUGCUUGUGUUCAACAGCAGGGGAAGAACCUUAAAGAGUGGUGGGAGGAGCUUCCAGACUUUCUGAAACUGGUGGCCACCGACCUUCCGCUUUACUGCCCACCCAGUCAUAUUGUCACUCUAAACUGCCUAUAUCAUACGAUUAAUAUCCUCCUCCAUCGCCCGAUCCUUUGUUCAGGGCCGCUGGCCAUGAAACACGAAGCUGCCGAUAUGGACCAUCUAGUUCAGUGCAUGUCAUCCGCGACUACCAUCCUUUCUCUCUUCGAUCUUUACCGUCGGACUUUCGGUGACGGCCACGUUGUUCUUUCUCUUGCGUACAGCGUCUACACAGCAGCCUCGAUAUUCUUGCUAGAGAUACAGGCACUGAAACUCGCUGCGCCCGGCACUCUCGAUAAACUCAAGUACUGUAUCAUAGCUCUAGAGCGCGUGAAGGUUUCAAAUCCUGUUAUCACUACGGCGAUUGGCUUGAUCUAUCAGGAGCUGCAAAAGCUGCAGAUCGAUAUCCACGUCACAGUGCCAAUGCCGCAGUCAGAAACGCAACGCCGAACCACCUCUCCUGGUCAUCUCCAGGGACAACAUUCAGGACAUGCCAGUCGCCAGGUAUCUCCCUCUCAAGCCGCAGUUGGCCCUCUUCCGCCGAUUUCUCCACCUCAGAUCUCUCCGGACCCUACGACCAUGAUGCCAGGGUACUCAUUCCAGCAACCUCUGGCAGACCCUGAACUGUCCCAAACAACAGUACCAUCCAUAGAGACAUUCAACCCAAUGACCACUCACCACGUCGGGGGUUUCCCGGGUGCUGCUAUCAACACAGACGGCGCAGGCACAUACGGGAUUACUCCAGAGGUCUUUGAGGCCUUUUCCUACGUAGAGCCAAUUGCAACCAACAUGACACCCGCAUACGAUUCUGGCUGGGGUAUGGGAGGGCAGCCAUGAAAUUAUUCUUUUCACUCUUUCUAUUUUGAUCGUUUACCAUGAUUCCCCCAAAUGUUUGUCCAUCAAUCAUAAAAAAAGUAUAUGGCGAUGUGAGCGACGUGCUUACUUUUUCUGCUUGUUUCUACUAGCGCUGACUCUGAUACUGUACUGCACUCGUUUAUCAUUUGACAAGAUGUUUAUAUAGGCAGAAAUUCCGCAAGCGCUGCAAGAUCUGC